UGAAUCUACUCAUCGCUAGGUUUUGUCUGCAAGCCGCUGCUCAAGUCUCCCAGUGCUCCCAGCGAAAAUGCCGUCGCAUAAGACCUUCAUCAUCAAGAAGAAGCCGGGGAAGAAGAUGAGGCAGAACAGGCCCACCCCUCACUGGAUCCGCAUGAGGACCGACAACACCAUCAGGUGCAACGCUAAGCGCAGGCCCUGGCGCCGCACCAAGCUCGGAUUCUAAGCUGGAAUAGCUGCUGCUUUUGCUUUGGAGUUGGGCUUUUGCUGUUUUAAAAUUUUAAUUCGAGAGAGAGACUUGGUAAUCUUUUAUGUUUAAUCAAUUUGGGAACUUUGUGAUAGUCUCAUACUCUGAUAGAGAAUUU